AUGGCUGAAGAAGAGCGUCCUCUGUCGCGUAAACCACGACAUCGCCAGUCUCGGGGGCGUGGUCUUCGAAAGACUACGGGAUGUAUAACGUGUCGCAGGCGACAUGUUAAAUGUGACGAGCUGAGGCCGCACUGCCAUCGAUGCAAUAAAGGCGGUCAGACAUGUAUCUACGCUGACAAAAGACCUGAACCAAGUGGCCGGAUUGAGAACAGAUCUUCUGAAGCCAUCUCAGAUCCACCACCGGCGCCAAUUCGACAACCGAUUCCACCAUGGCAGACUUCACCAGAGCAGACUCACUAUUCCAAAUCUCUCUUAGAAAACGGAUGUCCAGGAUCGGUUGAAACCCCAAAUUUUCAGAGGCAUCCAAGUACCACUUCCGCAAAUGGCUUUGCUCUUGGUAAUCAGGCCACCGCACCUCUAGAUACAGCUGCUCAGCAAGUCAUAUCCGUAUCCUCUCAACCUACCUUCAAUGUGGCAAUCACUCGGUGGUUUGACAUGCUUGUUGGAGACUCAGCUUUCGAGAAUGGAUUCGCGGAUUUUGACAUUGGGAUGGACGAGCCCAACAACUUCGGCACCCCUCGAGAGCAAGAUAGAAUGGGCGUUCCUUACAUGGAGCCGUACAAUAGCACCCCUACUACCGCUGCUCUGGAUUCCGCAUCGCCUUCUUCAUCCAGCCCCCAACUAAUAGAACGAAGUGCUCCUGGGCUAGACCGAAGUGCGAUCGCUGAGAAAUCGAAGUGGCAAACCCCAGAAGCGAUAGAACUUCUGCCUUACGAGCAAUUGAUCUUUCGGAAUUUUGUUCAGCGCACAAGUCAUUGGAUUGACCUUUUCGACCUCACGCAGAGCUUUUCAACAUUUGUUCCUCACCUAGCUAUGCGUAACAUUGGUUUGAUGAAAGCCAUUCUUGCACUCUCGGCCCGCCACAUUUCUCUCAAUCCAGGUAUCAUCCCCGAGCAGACACAUGAUCGCAACGAUGCAUUGCAAUAUUACAACGAAACUUUGCAUUACCUCUCAAAAGCAAUGCAAUACGACACGUACAAAACAAGUCUCGAAUUGCUUGCCACUGCCUUGAUUGUAUCAACCUACGAAAUGCUUGACGGAUCUGGCAAGGAUUGGGAACGUCACUUGCAAGGGGUAUUCUGGAUCCAACGAUCUCAAGUUAUCCAUGGCGAUUCGAAGGGCCUGAAGCAAGCAGUCUGGUGGGCAUGGCUCCAGCAAGAUGUAUGGGCUGCGUUUCGCGAGAAGCGGAAGACAUUCACCUUCUGGAAACCGACACGAAGAUUUGACGACAUGAAUCCGUAUGAGUUAGCUGCCAGAUCCGUCUACGUUAUUGCCAAGGUGGUCAACUAUUGUUCUCGAGAGGAGACUGAGGCGGAAGAUAUUUCAUUGCGGAUUGAGAGAGCAGAUCAGCUGCAGGCCAUGCUUGAUGAAUGGGAGCUAUACUUGACGACGGAGUUUACGAUGUUGCCUUUCAAAACAGGAGAAGAAGAAGAAGAAGAAGAAGAAGAAGCUUUUGAGCCGAUAUGGAUACACCCUCCAGCUUUUGGAGUGGCACUUCAGCUCCAUUACUCGGCCCGAUUACUGUUGCUCCUCAAUAAGCCCUCCAGAGGAGGUUUUGGUGGCUACCUUGAGCAAAGCAGGCUGAUAUCAAAAUUCGUGAAUAAUAUUUGUGGAAUUGCGAUGACUUUGACGGAUCAUGCGUCGAGUGUGAUGUGUUCUCAGUGUCUUUACAUUGCGGGCAUGUGCAUUCAGGAUGUUCGACGACGAGAAACCGUCCUCAAGAUGCUUGAUGCCUGUCGGCAACGAACUGGAUGGCCUAUUUUGUCCUUGGGCGAAGAACUUCAGACGUUCUGGAAGACUUCCGAGACAAUGCCUAACGGCUGAGCUUUCAACAGUGUUUAUAAACAACAGUUAACCUAAACGUGGCUAUGCCACUCGAAGUAUUGGGGUUAUGUCACUACAUUUUCACCAAGGCGGAGAGCCAGCUUUCGAAUACUUCGACGAAGGAUCAACACCACUGCCACGGGCUUCAAGCGGGGGCUCGCAAAAUUGAGGUAUGGCGUGAAGUGGGUUUGAAGUUCAGGAUGUUGGAAGACGACCAUGUGUGAUCAGAGCGAAGCUGGCAAUGCUAGGGUGAAACGACCCGAAUUAGAAUUGAAACCCCAGAAGGCUCUGCUCACACAAGAUUUACUCCUUUCACUCACUGUAAUAAAU